AAAUAGUUAUGAGUUUGAACCCGUUUAUUUUUAUCAAAGGUUAACCACAAUUGCUGGAAAUCAUCUCCAGACAUCACAGAGUUCAUGAAUUCGAACGGCUUGACGGAUUAUUCACAACUCGAAGGAUACAUUAUUCAGAGGCACAUUUCUCAAAUAUUGGACCUCGGGGUGUCUCAUAUUGUUUGGCAAGACCCCCUGGAGAAAGGCAUCGAGAUAGAUAUUAAGUUUCCCAGUGAGACGAUUGUGCAAGUAUGGAAGUGGCAUUCAACGGACAUGGGAUGGGCUGAUUGGUCCGAAUAUUUGGCAUAUGUGACGGGUCUCGGUCACAAGGCGAUUUUAUCAUCCUGUUGGUACCUGAAUUUGAUUUCUUACGGGGAGGAUUGGAUCGAUUAUUAUCAAUGUGAUCCACACAACUUCGAGGGAAGUGAAGAGCAGAAAAGUUUGGUCUUGGGAGGCGAAACGACGUUUUGGGCUGAAUACAUCGACGAGACGAAUUUGCACUCCCGGAUCUGGCCUCGGGCGAGUGCAGUUGCGGAGAAACUAUGGAGCCAAACAACGGAUUCUGUGCCGGAUGCCAGACAUCGGUUGGAUCAGCACCGGUGCAACAUGAUCAAGUACUCGUAUAAAUCAUUCAAAAUCCCAAUGAGAGGUUUCCAGGCAGCGCCAGUUUUCAACGGCUUUUGCCCAGUUGAGCGGGUUUCGUAGUGGAAGCAUGACGGUUCAAUUAUACUCCUUGUUUCAUCUGGAUCUUCAUCUAGGAUUGUCUUUCUGUAUACUAAGCCUGUGACAAUUUUGCACUCAGUUCAUUACUCGAAGCAGGAUUUUUAGGCGCAGUACUCGAAUAUUUCGCAGCUUAAAAAACGCUCUUCAUUUUGGGUAAACGGCUCAAUAAGUGAAUGUCACGAUCAAUUGAUUAUAAAAAACAUUUCACAAGUGGAACUUCUCCUGACUGAUGACUUGAAGGGAUAUCACCAACAUUUCUGGAACUCGAAGUUGAUUAGUCUAGGCAAUAAAGCAUUUUAAUGCAUAAUGGGACGCAUGUAUAAAAAAUAGGAAUAAGAAUUUAAUCGGAAUAUUUGAUCAAUCUGACAUUUUUUAAAUAAGAGGCAUUUCAGUCCAAUAUUUAAUCUGAUAUUUUAUUAGCUUUUUUUAAUACUUUUGACUUUGUUUCCGAUACAAUGCGAUUUCAAUGUAAAAUGAAUUUCAACUUCGACCAGACGAUGAGGAGGCAGCUGCUGAUGCAACUGAAGAUCAGCCAAAAUAUUUUUCGUAUUCACAAUCGAGAUUUAGAUGCAGUGAAAGUGCACAAAUCUUCUGA